UUCCCCCUCCUCUCCCUGUCCCUCUCCCUCCUCCUCCUUCUCCUCUUCUCCCUCCUCCUCCUUUCUCUCUCUCUUUCUCUCCUCCUUCUCUCCUCCUCCUGCCGGGCGGGCAGCUCCACCUCUUCCUUCGCCUGGAGCCGCGGGAUCCCCGGCCAGAGGCUGAGCAGCUCAGCUCCAGCAGCAGCAGCCGCGUCUCGCUCGCCGGCUCGGCGUCUCCAGGAUCCCGGCCGGUUCUCCCACCUUUUCCACGCUGAGCCACUUCGGCUCUCCAGUCCUGCGCCGCCUUCAGGAUCCCGGGCAGAGGAGGAGGAGAGCCCCGCACGUGGGCCAGGCGGAAGGGACCCGCGAUGCCGGACCGGCCGGGGUGACCCGCCCGACUUGCGGCGGCGGGGAAGCCGGGCAUGACGCGCGGAGAGGAGGAUCCGGCCAGCCUGUCCUGAGCCGGCCCGGAGCGGCCCCCCGACCCGCCCGCGAUGGCCCUGCAGUGACUCUUCUAAAGACCCUGAACAAUGGCUGACACUAGUAACAUCCAGUCAGCGGCUUCCAAGAGCAUCCGUCCAUUCCGUUCGAGUGAGGACUAUCUCUACGCCAUGAAGGAGGACCUGGCGGAGUGGCUGAACACCCUCUACGAUCUGGACGUCCAGGUCGAGAACUUCAUGGACGCCCUGGAGACGGGCUACGACCUCUGCCAGCACGCCAACAACGUCAACCGGAUCGCGCUGGAGUUCCAACAGUCGAACCCGGACGCCGCUUCCCAUAUGAGAAUCCCGCAGAAGGAGGUCAUCUUCCAAGCGAAGAAUGUGGUGCCGGGCUCUUUCAUCGCUCGGGACAACAUCUCCAACUUCAUCCAGUGGUGCCGUCAGGAGCUGGGCAUCCAGGACGUGGUGAUGUUCGAAACGAACGACUUGGUGUUGAAGAAGAACGAGAAGAACUUCGUCCUUUGCCUGCUGGAGGUGGCCCGGAAGGGGUCCAAGUUUGGGAUGUUGGCUCCCAUGCUCAUCCAGAUGGAAGAGGAGAUCGAGGAGGAGAUGAGGGACCAGGUGGCCCGCGGGGAGCUGAAGAAAGAGCUGGUGGUCCAAGAUUUGGGGCCCAAGUCUCCCGCGUACCUGAACAAAACCACGCAAAGGAUAGCCUUGUGUGACCUCAAGAACCUGGAUGAGCUGGUAAGAGAAAUCCUGGGCCAUUGUACCUGCCCGUCCCAGUUCCCGAUGGUCAAAGUCUCGGAGGGCAAAUACCAAGUUGGAGACUCCAAUGCGCUCAUCUUCGUCCGAGUUCUCCGCAGUCAUGUGAUGGUGCGAGUAGGAGGCGGCUGGGACACGUUGGAACACUACCUGGAUAAGCACGAUCCGUGCCGGUGUACCUCCAUCUCUCACCGCCUGACCCAGAAUCGUGGGCUCGGCUUCUCUCCCCAGAAGACGAGCGGUCUGGCCAGUCCCCAGGCCAAGAGCCCCACCACUCAGCGUCGGGCUGAAGCUACGGGCCUACAUCCUAAAGUCUCUGAGACCCACCCCUUGGGGGAGAAACGGCUCUUGGCUGGAGGGGGAGAACUGGCUCACCCCAAAGGAAACCGCCCCGGCCCUCCCACCAAGAGGUCUGGGACAGCUACCCCGCCGAGGCAGGGAUCGCUGGCUCCGCCGAGUGGAAAAUGUAGCGGGUCAGGACAGAGGGGGGCCAGCCCUCUGAGGGGUUGUGCACCCCAAGCCCACCAGGACAUGGGAGAUUCCCAUCUUUCAGUCAGGAAUCCCAGGGCUCGGCGCCUUUCUGGAGACAGCGAUUCCUCCUCCUCCUCCUCUAGGCAAAGUGCCAGCUUGGGAAGGAAGCGGAACGAGGAUGCCAGCCUGGCACUCAGGAAGGAGGCUGGGAGGCGCAUCUCCGAGGGCCCAGCCUCCCAGCUCCAUGCCAGUCCCAAACGGCCGCCAGCCAGCCGGAGUCAGUCGCGGGAUCGUCUCAGCUUGCCGAAAACUGUGGCGGUGCCUAGGAAGGUUGAGCCAGAAGAGCGGGGCCGUCCUCGCGUGACAAGCCGGCCCAGCAAGCCUGGACCGCAGAGCCCUCGUCCCCGGGCCCGCAGCCAAGGAAGGCCUGGAGGAGAGCCUGUGCUGCUGAUCAGCCGAGCAAAAGAUGGACAGCAUUCCUGGACACGAGCCGACGAGCCUAAGGAGAACGCCGGGGGCUCUGGAAGAACCACCCCCAGGACCAAGAGCCCAGCAAGGGGUCACCUGACCCCGGUGGGUUCCCGAAGCCCUGCCCCCACCAAGCGCAGGGGUUCCUUGCCUGCCACAAAAACAGCCAAUCCUGCCGUCCGAAUGCCUCCACCAGGCCCAGGACGUCAACGACAGCCCUGCUUGACUGGACAACGUUGGACCAUGAGGCAGCCCCAUUUGGGGGAGAGCGGGCCCUCCAGGCAGCCCGAUGACACUUUAGGACAAGAGUUGGAGGUGACAGCGCAGGCUUUCCGCACCCCGCUGCGCCUCGAUCCGAGUCAGGAGCAACAGCUCUACCGGCGUCUGGAGGAAGAAUUCCUGGCCAACUCUCAAAUGAUGGGUUUGGAAAUGGAUGAAGAUCUGGAUACGGGCAGCCAGCCCUGCAACGGUGCCCGGCUCUUGCCCACAAAUCCGGACCAAGGGACCGUCGACUCCGCCUAUUGCUCCUCCAGCUCAUCCUCUUCCUCCCUCAACAUCUUCAGCAAAUACAGUUUCCAACCCGAGGAGUCCAAGCGGAAAGCAGCCCACCAGAUGGCCGAAGGUUCUGAGCUAGUGGAUGUCCACAAUGGCUCGGCGGAGAUUUCCGAGCUCUGGGACUCAUCCAGUUCCCGUGAGCGAAGGAGCCGCUGGAGGAAACCCGUGCUUUCGAGCUCAUCGGAUGAAAGCAACUGCUACCUGGGCCUGAAUGACGUCCAGGAGGUCCAGGAGGGUCUGGAGCUGGCCGAGACUCUGGUGGAUAGCCCCUGGGCCGCUGGGGAGCCGGUCCCUUCUCACGCAGAGCGGGGACCCUCCCUCCAGGAUGGCCUGGAGAACCUCGGCACGUCCCCUUCGUCUCCUGUCCUGGAAGAAGUUGUGCUCCGUCCCCAGUCGUCCCUGAGGAAGCCCGACCGCGUGCCUUCCAUCUACAAGCUGAAGCUGCGCUCGCAAAUUAAACCUCGCGCCGACUCCCAACCGGACAAGACCCCGUCGAAAAUCCCCACUCCCCUCAGCUACAAGGCUUCUGGAGCCCAGAAGGCUCCAACGGAAAGCACCUCUUUCAAGGACAGCCCAGCCAAAGGUCCAUCCGAGCGCCGGGGCUGGGGGGCCUUCCACAACAUCUUCUCCUCCUCCUUCGGGGAUUGUCCUGGGGGUUCAGUGGAAUCUGGCGUGGCUGAUGAGGCGGCUUGGACCUAGGCACUGGUGGACAGCACCUACCCACAUCUCCUCCCCCCCUGCACCCGCUUCCGUGGUCCGGCCCUCUCUUUCCAGCUGCUUCCUUGGACCUUUUCCCAGUGUGACUUUGUCCUAUGCUGCUGUGCAGAAGAGAGAUUUAUUUUUGGGUGGCGGGAGGAGAGGGGGAUGGAAGGGUGGGGUGGGGGACAGGGAAGAAAGCCUUGGAUUGCAAAUGGGGAUCCGUCCUUCUAUAUUUUAUUUUUGGAGCGUGAGGCUGGAAGAUGGCAGAGCUUAAACUGCAGUACCGGGAGACUGGGGCUCAGGUUGUGUGUAUGUGUGUCGUUGGGGUUGCGUAUGUGUGAAAGGCUUGUAUGGGGAAGUCCUUUAACACUGGAUACUAAAGGGAGCGUCAGGGUUAAUAUUCACUCCCUUGGUCAAUCACUGUCCAGCUUCGGCCAUCUUGGUGUUUCCGUAGCCAUCUAAGUUCAGCACAAGCUCAAUUUACGAACAUGAUCGGUACCACAAAAACCUCUGUCACCAAGUGAUACGGUUAUUAAUUUCUCUUUGGUUAUUCAGCGAGUCAUGCCCAAUUUUCUUCCCUGUUUCCCCAUGGUCAUUAAAUAAAUCCACCUCUCCCUAUUCACUUCCUCAGAAUCCUCACCCCCCCCCCGAAAGAGUCUCAAACAAUCACCCCUCCGUAAAUAUACUGGCUGCCAAGCACCUGAAGUGCGAUCCCGGGGCAGCCGUAAGCGAAGAGGUUCCGUUGUAAGUCACGGUUUUCAGUGCCGUCGUAACUUUGAACCGUGGUUUAAACGUGGUCGUAAGUCGGGGACUAUUUGUAGCACAUCUGUAGGUUUCAACAAAGCCCUUGUUUCUUUUGGCGAUCACUGGUGAGAAAGUCCAGCGCUAAAGUGUGUUUUAAUCGGGGCAACCUGGUCUACCCAAAUAUGGGAUGGAGCAAACUGCUUCCGUUUUCGCCUUUCUGCCCUAAUCCAGGGACCUUCGCAGGCAGUCGCUUUCGUGACAAACUAUUUUGGGGUUAAAUUUAUGUUUUACUGGCAAAGAAAUAAAGGGAGACUAGUAUAGAUCUAUUUCAAGCUAUUUAGUUCGGGCCGCGGUGUGGCUCAGGCUGUAAGAAGCCUGUUAUUAAAAAAAAUUGCUUCCUGCAAUUAUUGCAGGUUCUAGUCCCACCAGGUCCAAGGUUGACUCAGCCUUCCAUCCUCUAUAAGGUAGGUAAAAUGAGGACCCAGAUUGUUGGGGGGGCAAUAAGUUGACUUUGUAAAUAUACAAAUAGAAUGAGACUAUUGCCUUAUACACUGUAAGCCGCCCUGAGUCUUCGGAGAAGGGCGGGAUAUAAAUGUAAAUAAAUAAAAAAAAAAGUUCUCAUCAGCUAGCCGUCCCAUAUUUAGGUAGACCCUGAUAGAAAAAAACACUUAAUCUUCCCCCUGGUACAGCUGACAAAGCGAGGAGAGCCCGUGGCUUUGAGGUUAAUACAUCUAUCUAAUAAGCAAGCAGCCCAGGUUCGAAUCCCAGAAGGGGUAUGGCUAGCUGACGAGAGCUAAAUACUGUAUUUUUCGGAGUAUAAGAUGCUCCGGAUGAUAAAACGCACCUACCUUUUUUGGGGAGGACAACAAGGGGGAAAAAUUCUGCCUCUGCCUCCCAGCAAUUUUGCCUCUUUGCAAGCAAAUAGCCUGUUUCAGUUUCAGUUUCAUUUUCAGCACAUCCUGAUUAGCACAAGAAAAAGAAAAAAAUCUGCCUCUGCCUCCCAGCAAUUUGCCUCCUUGCAGCAAACAGGGGAGGCCGAAAAUGGGGCACGCGGAAGUAACAAUAGGCUAUGGCAAUCCCUGCAGCCUGAAACAGCUGAUGGUCAGGAGGCCAAUCCAACCAUCAGCUGCUUGUGCUAAUCAGGUUGUGCUGAAGCUGAAACAGGCUGUUUGCUACGAGGAGGCAAAUUGCUGGGAGGCAGGUUUUUUUUUUCUUGUGCUAAUCAGGCUGUGCUGAAAAUGAAACUGAAACUGAAAUGGGGUGUUUGCUGUUUGCUGCAAGGAGACAAAUUGCUGGGAGGCAGAGGCCAAAGGGUGCGGGGGCCACAUUCAGUGUAUAAGACACACCCAAAUUUUCAUCCUCUUUUAAGGGGGGAAAAGUGUCUUAUACGGAAAUACGGUAGCUUGAAAUAGAUCUAUACUAAUCUCCCUUUAUUUCUCCCUUGUAAAUGUACAUUUUCCAGUUCUUAAACUGACCACCCCCAAGAACCCGAUUCGGCGUGAAUCUCAUCACAGCGUCUUCCUUUAGGUCUGGGACUGCCCUACUAUGCUAGCGAGGUGACAGGCCGCAGUUUUCGGGAACAGGGUUUUCGAACGCAAAAAAGGACGGCGACUUGGAUUGCGGUUGCCGUCUUCAUUUUCGAUUUUUUUUUUUUACUUCUUCCCUCCUCCCCUCCCCGCCCCUCCCCCAAGGAUUUGCCCCAGUCCUUCACCCAGAGAGGCUGCGUUGGCAUGGAUGGAGCAUUCGACGACGUCAGGAUUUGGGAAAGGAAAAUGUUUUAUCCUUGUUCAGGGUGUCGCGUAGGGAGUGCAGUUGCCCUUUUCGUCUUCUACACAACGCCCCUUGUUUCCGUGCAAGGCUGCACAGAAUUGGAAGAGUGCCUUAUGG